GUUUGAUAACCUUCAGCCUUCUUUCAUCCCUCUUUUUUUUUAUAUAUUUCCCUAUUUUUUUCUCCCCAUUCCUACCUCCAUCAAUCACCUCUUCCAUCUGCCAUCUUUUCGCCAACGACUUUCGAGUCAUCUACGAAGAUGGCAGACAUCAAGAUCGAUGGAAAGCUCUUCCAGGAGCGCAUUAAUCAUUUCAUUAAUGCCUGGAAGGCUGAUAAACGCGCCGGUGACGCUGUUUUCGGCGGUGUAUCUUCCAUCCUCAUCAUGAUGGGUAAAGUCGAGGAGAAUCCCGAAUUCCAGAAGAACAAUGCUAUGCACUUCUGGUUGCUAGGCUACGAGUUCCCGACCACGCUGAUGCUUUUUACUACCGACACUCUCUACAUACUUACGACGGCUAAAAAAGCGAAACACCUAGAACAAUUGAAGGGCGGCCGAUUCCCGAUUGAAGUUUUGGUUAGAGGCAAGGAUGCGGCUGCGAAUGAGAAGCAGUUCUUCAAAAUUGCCGAAACGAUCACCAACGCAGGAAAAAAAGUCGGCGUUCUUACCAAGGACAGAUCAAAUGGCCCUUUUGUCGACGAAUGGAAGAAGGUCUUUACCGAGAAGUGCAAGGAUCUUGAAGAGGUCGAUAUUUCCGUUGCCUUAUCCACUGCCGCCUUCGCCGUCAAAGAUGAGACAGAAUUGCGUUCUAUGCGAGCGGCGUCGAAAGCAUGUGUCGCACUGAUGACACCAUUCUUUCUGGACCAGAUGUCGGACAUCUUGGACCAAGAGAAAAAAGUGAAGCACAGUGCGCUUGCCGACAAGGUGGACCGAAAGCUUGACGAUGAGAAGUGGUGGAAGACGGUCGAAUUGCCUAACAAACAGAGAUUACCUUCGGAUUUCGACCCCUCCUCGUUGGAUUGGUACUUAGGACCGGCAGUCCAGAGUGGUGGUACAUAUGACUUGAAGCUCCAGGCAGAGCCAACCGGCGACAAUCUCCAUCCCGGCGUUAUUAUCGCUGGCAUGGGUCUCCGAUACAAGACGUACUGCUCUUCCAUUGCGCGAACCUACCUAGUCGACCCAAAUAAGACGCAAGAAAGUACCUACAAAUUUCUCUACUCGGUACACAACCUAGUCUUGAAAGAGAUCAAGGAUGGCGCUGUUGCCAAAGACGUUUAUAGCAAGGCUUUGAGCUAUAUCCGAUCCAGGAAGCCUGACUUAGAAAAGCAUUUCCUCAAGAACGUCGGAGCAGGUAUUGGCAUCGAGAGUAAAGAUCCUACCCUGGUGCUCAAUGCCAAGAACGGACGAACCUUGAAGGACGGAAUGACCUUAUGCAUAACGACUGGUUUUACUGACGUUGAGAACCCUUCCCCGAAGGAUAAGCUCAGCAAGACCUAUUCCUUGGUCCUUACUGAUACCAUCCGUGUCACCAAUAGCGAUCCUGUUGUAUUUACUGGGGACGCUCCUACCGAUCUCGACGCAACCUCUUUCUUCUUCAAGGACGACGAGGAAAUGCAACCCACCCCCAAGAAAGAGAAGAAGGACUCUCGUGUGGGUGCAGUGGCUACUAAGAACAUCACGAGUACCCGCCUACGAUCUGAGCGAACCACCCAGGUAGAUGAGGAUCAAGAGAAACGGCGCCGUGAGCACCAGAAAGAGCUUUCUCUUAAGAAACAGAAAGAGGGAUUGGCUAGAUUUGCCGAGUCGACAAGCGGCCAAGACGGGGCGGAGGUGAAGAAGUUCAAGAAAUUCGAGUCGUACAAGAGAGACAAUCAGAUGCCACUGAAAGUCAAGAAUCUUGAGAUUUUGGUCGACCAAAAGAACCACACCCUCGUACUACCAGUCAUGGGGAGACCGGUCCCUUUCCACAUCCACACUAUAAAAAAUGUUAGCAAGAACGAUGAAGGGGACUGGUCUUAUUUGCGUAUAAACUUCCUUUCUCCGGGUCAGGGAGUCGGCAGAAAGGAUGAUCAGCCAUUUGAGGACGCCUCAGCACAGUUCGUUAGGAGCCUGACGUUCCGUUCUCGCGAUGGUGAUCGUUACGAAGAGAUUACAGCGCAGAUUUCUGCCAUGAAGAAAGAGGCUACUAAGAAAGAACAAGAGAAGAAGGACAUGGAGGAUGUUGUCGAACAGGAUAAGCUCAUUGAGAUUAGAAAUCGACGACCCCCUGUUAUGGACAACGUGUUCAUACGCCCUGCGAUGGAAGGAAAGCGAGUUCCUGGCAAGGUUGAGAUCCAUCAGAAUGGUAUCCGAUACCAGUCACCUCUCAACCCGCAGCAGAGAGUCGAUGUGCUCUUCUCCAACAUCCGUCAUUUGUUCUUCCAGCCUUGUGCUCAUGAGCUUAUCGUGAUUAUCCAUCUGCAUCUCAAAGAUCCCAUUAUCAUCGGCAACAAGAAAAAGACAAAAGAUGUGCAAUUCUACCGAGAAGCAACAGAUAUUCAGUUCGAUGAAACCGGUAAUCGAAAACGGAAAUAUCGACACGGCGACGAGGAUGAGUUCGAGCAAGAACAAGAAGACCGUCGACACAGGGCUGAGCUGGAUCGCCAAUUCAAGAGCUUUGCUGACAAGAUUGCAGAGGCUGGCAAGAACGAGGGUGUCGAAGUGGAUAUGCCGCUCAGAGAGCUUGGCUUCAACGGCGUUCCAUUCCGAAGCAAUGUUGUGAUCCAACCGACCACAGAUUGUCUUAUUCAGAUCACAGAGCCGCCCUUCCUAGUCAUCACGCUAGAGGAUAUCGAAAUUGCUCAUCUAGAGCGUGUUCAGUUCGGACUGAAGAAUUUCGAUUUGGUGUUUGUGUUCAAGGACUUCACUAGGCCCCCAGUUCACAUCAAUACGAUUCCCGUUGAGUCGUUGGAAGAGGUAAAAGAAUGGCUUGACAGCAGCGACAUCGCGUUUAGUGAAGGUCCUUUGAAUCUGAACUGGCCUACGAUCAUGAAGACUGUCACAGCCGACACCCAUCAAUUCUUUGUCGAUGGCGGAUGGUCAUUCCUACAGAAUGAAAGCGACGACGAAGAUGACCAAGAAGAAGAAGAGGAGUCGAAUUUUGAGAUUGACGAAUCUGAGCUCGAGGAAGCUAGUGAGUCUAGUGAGGAUGAUUCGGAAUACGAUAGCAAUGCAUCCGAUGACGCUAGCGAGGAAGGCUCGGAAGAAGAGGAGGACGAGGAAGGCGAGGAUUGGGAUGAAUUGGAGAAGAAAGCGAAGCGAAAGGACCGAGAGAGCGGCCUUGACGAGGAAGACCGAAGUCGUAAUAAGAAGCGACGUCACUAGAACCUUCGCCUAAAAUAUGCAGAUCCUUCUAACUACCUAGCCUAGGGAUGCGUAUUCGAGGAUCGGGAAACAAGUUCUGAAGGUGCGGUUCCUCAGGGCGAUAGGGACCAUCUGGAGUUGAGGUUGUACGGAAUGCUUAUUAUUUAGCUAGUUCUUGCGUUGAGCCACUGGUCAGAUGGUUUGCGAGUUUUGAUUCCACCGCUUAAAAACAGGGCGAUGGUAAGAUGAGAUGGAGGCGAAAUUGCGUCUGCUUUCCGUUAAUUCUCGGUGGUUUUGCUCUACGAAGAGCACAUGUACUGUAAUGCAAAAUUGACCCUCAUAGGGUAUCUACCUAUUAUUGACUUAAUUCAUAUGAAGUACCCAGCCCAUG